ACUCGCUCUCCUCGUGUAUUCUUAAUGUCUCCGGGAAACAACUCCACAGAUCACAUCCAUUGCCUCCACACUGGCGUCGUGCAUUCUGGAAAGCCUAUUAUGUCGGCGUCGAUGUUCUCGGCCGCUGUGGUGGGCAAUAUCGUGGCACUGCUCCUGUUACAGGUUCGGCGCCGGAGGACCAACCGGUCCCUUUACCAGGUUCUGGUCACUGCGCUUCUCGUGACAGACCUGCUCGGCUCCCUGUCUGUCAGCCCUGUUGUGCUGUCCGCUCAUGUUCAGAAGAAAACACUGGUGGGGAUGAGUGCGAACAAUGAGCUGUGCUUCUACUUUGGCUUCAGUAUAACCUUUCUGAGCCUAUCCACACUGGGCAUCCUAUGCGUAAUAGCGCUCGAGCGCUACCUCGCCAUUGGCCACCCUUACAUUUACGAGCAGCACUUAACCACACGCUCUACUUACAUUGCCAUUACGCUCAUCUACCUGGGCAGCAUGUUUUUCAGCAUCACUCCUUUCCUGGGUUUUGGUGAAUACGUGCAGUACUGCCCGGGGACCUGGUGCUUCCUAAAGAUGAGUGACUCUGUCGGAAAGGAUAAAACUUUCGCCGUUUUUUACGCAUCUCUCAUCGUCAUCAUGGGCUCUACGACAGUGGUGUGCAAUGCAUCUGUCAUUUACCUCUUGAUAAUGAUGCACAGGAGGGGUAAACUCCGCCGGCGCCGCGUGUCUGCGCCCUCCCGGCACAAAAGGUCCAUGACGGAGGAGGUGGCGCAUCUGCUUCCACUUGUUGUCAUCACUGUUGUCUUCAUCUGCUGCACCUCUCCCAUAGUGCUCACGGUGUACAUAAACCUAAGAAGUACCCAUAAAGAGCUUGCCACAGAGGAUCUCGGGGCUCUCCGUUUGCUGUCAUUUCACUCCAUCAUUAACCCGUGGGUUUUCAUCAUCCUCCGCCCCUCUGCUCUGAAAAUGAUUUGGAAGAAGCUGCACAAACCACAGAGGUCCAAACAAACUGGAGGCCAUGCUAUACAGCUCCAGAAACAGGAAAAUGAGGACAACAGUGGACAUGGAUGAGUUGCACAAGGCCCUUGCAUCAUAUUCUCUUUCUGAGUGUGGCUGAAGUGAACUGAAGAAAAGCUAAAAACCGACCAGAGCAGAUGUUGCCAUAUAUAGGAAGUUAAUAUAUUAAUCGGUGGGUCAUUACGCCAAGGUUUUGUUGCUAAUAAAUCCAGAAA